GGUGCUCAGAGUCGUUUUCAGCCCCCUCAGGGUGCUUCACUUCUUCGUUGCACCGCACCUCUGGAGCAAGGCACGGUCAGCGCAAAGAGCCUUGUGGACUACUGCUGUGGCGGAGCAGGAGGACGAAGCUCAGAAAGAUGGCAUCACCCUUUGUGCCCGUCCCCAUGCCGAUGGACAGAACCCGGGCAGCAGGUAGCAGCAAGCUCAGGCGGCCACAGCGAGCUUCAUCGUUAGGCAGCGUCUCCGGCGCCUUGGCCGGGGAGGACCACGGAAGAGGAUGCGGAGGAUUGGAUUCCCGGCGGCAAUCCCGCGGCAUUGACAGAGGCAGCCGGAGCAGGACGUCCCCCCCCCUUCUCAGCCCGGUGACACUGACCAGGGGGAACGGGGCUCUGGAGCCCUCCAUAGAGUACAGCUGCCCACGCUCCAUAUCGGAUCCGGUUGGGAGCCAGCAAGGCGAGGAGAGGCCCAUUACCCCCACUUUACUGGGGUAUGAGGUCAUGGAGGAGAGGGCCAAGUUCACGGUAUUCAAGGUCCUGGUCAGGAAGACUCCAGAUGAGAACUGGGUUGUUUUCAGAAGGUACACAGACUUCUCCAGACUCAACGACAAGCUGAAGGAGAUGUUCCCGGGCUUCCGCCUCUCGCUUCCUCCCAAGCGGUGGUUCAAAGACAACUACGACAGCGACUUCCUGGAGGACAGACUGUUGGGACUACAGACUUUUUUGCAAAACCUGGUGGCACACAAGGACAUCGCCAACUGCCUGGCCGUGAGAGAGUUUCUGUGUCUGGAUGACCCCCCCGGGCCUUUUGAUAGUCUGGAGGAGAGCAGAGCAUUCUGCGAGACUCUGGAGGAGAGCAACUAUCGUCUCCAGAAGGAGCUGCUGGAGAAGCAGAAGGAGAUCGCCUCUCUGAAGAGGAGUUUGCAGGAGAGGGAGCAAGCCGUCCUGCUACUGGAGAAGCAUAUCAAUGGCGAAUGUGUGAGCCCCGAGUCGCUGUGCGGUCUGUUAGCUCGGGGGAGCGAGAGCAGUGCAGACGUGGAGUCGUCCGCUGCAGAGGCGGAUCAGGAUGUGCUUGACGACGCCGGCGGCAGGUGCGAGGUCCAGCCGGUGCAAUCCUCUGCCUGUUGGUGUGGUCCUCCACCCAGCACCUCUCCUCCGGUCAUUGAGGUCACUCAGCUUAACCACCAGAAGCUGCAACAAUAACAAUGGACGCUGAUACCCCUCUCCUCCCUUUUCUCUCCAUUUGCUCCUCCCCUACUUCCUUAUGUUGAAGCGCUAUUCCAUGAUCUCUGUGGGUUUUUUGGCCUGGUUUUCCUUAUCAGUCCUUCCUCUAAUCAAAACUCCAAUUUUCUCUGUUCGCGUUCCACAUUUGACCUCUGUUCAGUCCUGAAGAUGGAGCUGAAGCAGCAUUAAUCACAAGAGCUGUGAUAUGUUCUGCAACGGCUCGUUUCACUUCCCACGAUACGAUGAUGGGUCAUGGGAUAUGUUAUAUGUCUGGCCCCUACAGAAGGUAUCCUGAAGACCUCGUACAACAUGUACAAGAUUUAAAAACAAUAUCUCGAAUGACAUGGCUACAGUUAUUUGAACCUCAGACUAAGUGGAUCUGUGUGGGGAUUUCUCAAUCGUUUGCUUUUCAACCUCACACAGCGGCUGCUGGUCUGAAUCAAUUGAUCUUGCGCAUAUAAGCCAAGGUUUGGCUUCCUGACAAAAAAAAAUCCAAAAUGACAUUCACAAUCAUGACAAUCUACGGAAAACCCGAACCGUCACCUCUCCAGUUUCUGCAGACGUGCAUUAUGGCAUUAUGGCCCAUUUUAAAGGUUCUAUAAACCAGAUUCCAAAAAUUAAUAUUGCGGCAAAAAGCUAUUUGCAACGUAAAGACACACAAAAUUGGGAAAUACUGGAAGUGAACACGUCUCCAUUACUACGGCGGCGCCUCUUGAAUGCUCGCUGCCCUCGGAAGUGUCAAAUGUUCUGCUUUUAAGUUAGCUCCUAGACCACGAUGUCUAGGAGGUUGAGAACAACCUGCACUUAUCAGCUGGCCAAUGUUGGUCUGACAUGGUGGAACAAGUCAACGCUGCGUAGCAACGGUUAGCGUGCUUAAGACACUGUCUAGAAAUGAGAUCCACCCGCGAACUAUUGUGAAACAUAACGUUAGCUGAUCUAACCCGGCUAACAUAAUGUCCUUGUAAUAGACUUCAAUUUGACUUUAAUCAAUUUAAAUUAUAUAGUGAUCGGUUUUAUUAUCGACGCCAGCCAUGUUCGUGAGUUCAGAGUAACCAAGGAGGGGUUUGGCUGAAAGUCAUCAGCUAACGUGGUUGACAGUUGGCUGCGAUUUUUAAAAUUCAACAGUCUUCGGUAAUGGCCGCUCUGCUUGGCGCUCAUAUUACCGCUGAUAUUGCCGCGUUCCAAAGCCUUCCCCUUGAGGUAAACACUGUUAGCUCUCAGCACCGGCAGCGGCGUUGCAUGCAUAGUCUGUGCUCACCGUUAGCUGCUAGCUGCAGGCUCAGCUGUCUCCAUGUUGAGAGCCGUAUGGAGGCAAUUGAUUUGCUUUGCGUUCUGUAUUCAGAUAUCCACGUCUAAGAUGUCAGCCACUAUAUUGAUGUAAAUUAGGUGUAUGGAUUUUUUUUUUGAGUUGCCCACAGUGCUGGAAAAUGUAAUGAGAAAACAGUAAUCCACUGAUUAUCCACAGACAGUGGAACCGCCAUCGACCGGACCAUAAUCCCUCUUCAUAGGGCCAUCUGUGGGUAACAUUAUGAGGAACCGUGACCGCUGCAUAUUAAACCAGAACUAUCUGCACUGCUAGAUUUCUCUGAGAGUCGGGUGAGAAGAGUUCAUACAGCCUGGAUGAACUGACCUUUUCCAUCUCGGGUUAGUAAUCUUGAGAAACUACCAAGAGUAGACUAGAUGUUAACACUGCAAGCAGCGGCACUCGGGUCGGACCAGAGUCUUGAUAAGUGUGUGACUAUAAAGCACGGUCACAAGCGGGUCGGGUCCGGUGGUUGAUUAACGCAUCAUUUGCAUGUCCGAAAGCCAUAUGAAAACACUUGAAGUGCAGUGGUUUCACUCUUUGAUGAUGAUUUCAUGAAGUGGAGAACAACCACAGCUCUUUUGAUCCGUCUCAAGCUCGACAUGGAAAACGGGUCAUGUGAUGCACUUUAUGGAUGAAUGGCAGCCCAUAAUGUUAGCUCGGAUAUGGUUUGUGCUACUUCAUUUGUUCGAGACAGAAACCUGCCUUUUCAACCACUGAAUCUGUCUCGAGUCCCAACUGGAUCUAAUGUCAAUUUGUGUUUAAUGUACGUGAGUUUUGUUUUCUGUAAAUUCCCUUCACGCGUAUUUCUAAGUGCCUUGAACAUCGUUCACCUAACUUUUCUUUUGAUGUGUUUAAACAGCUUUAUAGAUUUGUGCAGAACGUGAAACAAUUCAACUUUGUUCCUCUGAUGGAAAUAAUCUUUGAAAUGAUCCACAUGUGUCGGCGGUUGCUUGGAACAGACUUGUUUUGUCAUGUUACAUGAAUUAAUAUGAAGUCUCCGUGACACAAGUACACCUAUAGUUGCACUAUGAAAGGCUUAAAUGAAUAACUAUUCGUGUCACUAUUAACGUCCUGGAUUUAAAGGGGCGUAUUUCACUGAGAAGUCUGCUCUGAAAUGAAUGAACACAUGUUACAGCAGAGAUGUUUGUCAGAAAGAAAUCUUGAAUUCACCCACAAUUAAACGUGGAAUGAUCUAUUGACGACACGUGUAUGUUUCUUCUUAUUUAAAGCUUUCAUGAAAUUGGAGUAGCAGUUUGUGCUUGAUUGAAAUAAACUGACAGGUCCGAUAAUAACCUAAAGAUUACGGUAAGCCCCAUGUAAUGCUUUCAAGAUGUAAUAAAUUCUUUUCACGGAGA